AUGCGUGCCUUUACCUUGUCCACCGUCCUCUUUGCUGCCGCCACUCUUGCGGCCCCUUCUCCUCUGAGCUCGGAAUUCUGCAACCGUCCCGGUCUGUGUGACUUUGAGGAUGCCACUGCCCAGGCUCAAUGCAUUGCCCAAUGCGAGGCCAUUCCCGGCUGGCUGAAGACCAAGAGAGAGCCCGAGCCUCUCUCCUCCAAAUUCUGCAACUCUCCCGGUCUUUGCUACUUCCCCAACAAUGCUGCUGCCCAGGCGCAGUGCAUUGCCCGCUGCGAGGCCAUGCCUGGCUGGUUCAAGGCCAAGAGAGCCCCAGAGCCUCUGACUGCUUCCUUUUGCAACCGCCCCGGUGUCUGCGACUUUGAGGACGCCACUGCCCAGGCCCAGUGCAUCGCUCAGUGUGAGGCCAUUCCUGGCUGGUUGAAGCCCAAGCGCAGCCCCGAGCCGCUCUCCUCUGAGUUUUGCAACCGCCCCGGUGUCUGUGACUUUGAGGACCCCGCCGCCCAGGCCGAUUGCAUUGCCUGGUGCGAGGCCAUUUAA